CUGAGCCGGGCGGGGCUGCCUUCCCUUUGGAACGUGAUACCGGUGCUUCGUGGAUGGGCCACGCUUCUGGGUCGGCAACUUCUGGAGGAGCGUCCGAGGGCAGUGACCGGCCCCGAGGUCGCCCGCCGGGGUCGCUGGGGCGCUGGGCUCGGCAGGAUGGGUUCGCCUGGCUUCCCAGGGGCGCUGGGUGAAUGGGAUCUUUCCGUGUAGCCGCCUUCACUCUUCUCCCCUUCGGGGCUUGGCGUGUUGGCCCCUUUGCAUCAUUGGGAUCGAACGUAUCAUUUUGCUUGAAGUCACAGUUCAUGAAUGAAUGCCUAUUAAGACGGCAGGCAAGGUCUUAGUUACCUUUCAACCACGAUUCUCGUCUCAUCUCGGCGGGGAACAGAAACGGUUCCGUUCCUGCUCUAAAACGAGUAGGAAUGUGUUGAGUGUGUGUAUGGAAUGGACUGACCGCACCGGUCAGGCUGUGGUGAGGACAUUUCCAGCAUUUUAUGCCGUUCACAUAAAAUUCCAGAGAGGGAGGUUCUAUGUAAAGCCUUUUGCUGCACUUGUGGUCUGUGCUGAGGAACAUGAGCCACAGCCCCCUGUGCAGCUGGUCUCUACGAUCCUUCCAGUUCAUCGGUCACACUGCUGAUACCAUCUGUCCUCUGAAAGUCACCUUUUCAUUGCUCUUGACCCCCACCUGGAAUACUGUCUGUAGAGAAUCCUUUUCUACUGGUAAAGACCAGCCACAAAAAGCUGUAAAGCAAGAUAAAUUAUUCUCUCCGAAUAAAAUAAAGCCAGAGUCCAUGAGUGGCCAGCGGUCGUCCAAGAAACGAUGUGGGGACGCGCGCGCGGAGUCCCCCGUGGGCUUCGGGCACAUGAGUACUCCAGGGUGUGUGUUAAACAAGUUGUUUCAGCUGCCCACGCCACCGCUGUCCAGGCACCAGCUCAAGCGGCUGGAAGAGCACAGAUACCAGAGUGCCGGGCGGUCCCUGCUGGAGCCCCUGAUGCAGGGGUACUGGGAGUGGCUCGUGGGAAGAGUCCCCUCCUGGAUCGCCCCGAACCUCAUCACCAUCAUCGGGCUGUCCAUAAACAUCUGCACGACAGUCUUAUUAGUCUUUUACUGCCCUACAGCUACAGAGCAGGCACCUCUGUGGGCAUAUAUUGCCUGUGCGUGUGGCCUUUUCAUCUACCAGUCUUUGGAUGCCAUAGACGGAAAACAGGCGAGAAGAACCAAUAGUAGUACUCCUUUGGGAGAACUUUUUGAUCAUGGUUGUGAUUCACUAUCAACAGUGUUUGUGGUUCUUGGAACUUGUAUUGCGGUGCAACUGGGGACAAAUCCCGAUUGGAUGUUCUUUUGUUGUUUUGCUGGGACGUUCAUGUUCUAUUGUGCGCACUGGCAAACAUAUGUUUCUGGAACAUUGCGAUUUGGAAUAAUUGAUGUGACUGAAGUGCAAAUCUUCAUAAUAAUCAUGCAUUUGCUGGCAGUGAUUGGAGGACCACCUUUUUGGCAAUCUAUGAUUCCAGUGCUGAAUAUUCAAGUGAAAAUUUUUCCUGCACUUUGUACUGUCGCAGGGACCAUAUUUUCCUGUACGAAUUAUUUCCGUGUAAUCUUCACAGGUGGUGUUGGGAAAAACGGAUCAACGAUCGCAGGAACAAGUGUCCUUUCUCCUUUUCUCCACAUUGGAUCCGUGAUCACAUUAGCUGUGAUGAUCUACAAGAAAUCCGCAGUCCAGCUUUUUGAAAAGCAUCCCUGUCUUUAUAUACUGACAUUUGGUUUUGUAUCUGCUAAAAUCACCAAUAAGCUUGUGGUGGCGCACAUGACAAAGAGUGAAAUGCAUUUGCACGACACAGCCUUCAUAGGCCCAGCACUUCUGUUUCUGGAUCAGUAUUUCAACAGCUUUAUCGAUGAAUAUAUUGUGCUUUGGAUUGCCCUGGUCUUCUCUUUCUUUGAUUUGAUUCGCUACUGUGUCAGCGUCUGCAAUCAGAUCGCAUCUCACCUGCACAUACACGUCUUCAGAAUCAAGCUUUCUUUGCAAAGGAGCUCAGCUCAGGAGCAGAUGUACCCCACUGGCGUGUGAGGGGGAGCUAGUGACCAACACCCGGAAUUCGGAGGGGAAGGUUUCCUAUCUUGACAUCGCUGAGGAAGUCAUUUUUUUAUUGCUCAAGAAAUGGAGUGUCUCGUGGGCUGGGACCCUGUCAGCAUGCGGAAUAAUGUACCUUUGUCGAUUCAUUUUAUUUUUUUAAAUAAAUAUAUGAUCUGAAAGCCA